AUGCUGGAUGAAGACGGAACUCGUACCCCUAUACUCAUCGUGGCCCAAACGUCCAAGUCCGAUGACGUCAUGGAGUUUUAUGGUCCGGAAUGUACCGGUGACUUCCUAGCCUUUCUCGACGAAUUGGCCUACGGUCCACCGGAAGAGAAUCAUCACUACUCUGAUUUCCGGGAAGUCAUCGGUAUAUUCCAUAAUCUUAAGGGGUAUGAUUCCGUCUUCCUACAGGAGCAAAUGGUGAAAGAGGGUCCGAGGUUUGAAUUUCUCAUCCCCAACAGAACAAAGAAUCUCUGUAUGAAAGUGGGAAAAAUUUCCUUCAAGGACAGUAUGUGUUUCCUGCCGAUGUCCUUGGCGUCCUUUUCCUCGACCUUUGGUAUACCUGAGUUGAAAAAGGGAUUCUUCCCUCACAAAUUCCACACCCCCGACCAUCAAAAUUACAUUGGCCCCCUCCCUGCACCAGAGUACUACGACCCGAAUGGCAUGUCUGCUAAGAAGAAACAAGAGUUUGAGGAGUGGUAUGCGGGAGAACGCAGUAAGAAUCUUCCCUUCAAUCUUAAAGAAGAGUUGAUUUCUUAUUGUCGUUCGGAUGUAGCCCUCCUCAAAGCUGGGUGCCUAAAAUUUAUCGCGGAGUUCAAGGCUAUCGCCAAGUUUGACCCUAUAGAGAAAUGCAUUACCAUCGCCCAAGCCUGUAACAGGUAUUGGCGAAACUGCGUUAUGGCGCCAGAUAGUAUCGCUAUUGAACCCGAGAAUGGAUGGGAAGGUGCCACGCCCAACCACUCGCACGUGGCGUUGGAGUUGCUCAUGUGGGUAGAGAGAGACCUGGGUUCUAGGAUACAGCACGCGCGCCAGGGCGGAGAAUACAGCAUACCCCAUGGAUCUCGUAUAUAUACGGUGGAUGGCUACCAUGCGGAGACACGCACUAUAUACGAGUUCCAUGGGUGUUUGUUCCAUGGGUGUCGGUCGUAUUACCCGAAAAGAAACCAGAUCGCCUUUUCCUCGGCUGGAAUGACAGUGGAAGCACUUCGUAGCCAGACGACACAAAAAACUGCCACAUUGCAAUGA